AUGUCUGGAAAUGCUCCUGUUAAACUGGGAGAUACAAGAAGUAUUUAUUAUUCUUUAGCCGAUGAUGUGCCUGAUCUUACGGAUGAAGAAAAAGCCAAAUUGGAAGCUGUCAUACAGAAAGCCGAGGAGUUUGAAGCUGAAGAAGCAAUAAGAAUGAGCUUAUUUUUGCAGUUAGAUGAUCGCAAGAAAAGUAGACCUAGGGGGGCACUUCAUCUGGAGGGAGCUAUUGUUACGACAAAUGAAGAAGAUACUCAUUCUUUCACUGUAAGCGCUCUCUGUGGUGAAGUUUAUAAAUUAAAAGCCUGUGAUGCCAAAGAAAGACAAAUUUGGGUUGAUAAAAUUCAGACAACCAUUGAAAAUGAGAAAUAUCUGAAAGGAUCAGAAGCUCAAGUGCCAGCAGAUGAUCUUCUGAUGAGCACUUCGCCCAAAGCGUUCAACUUCUGCAAGAGCAGCACGUUUCACAUUCCGAGGCCAGAAGGGGGCGAUUCGCAGGACCGGACUUCUCCCGGGUCUUCUUGCGAUAAAGUUCCUGCGGAUCCCAUCCUGGAAAUCAAAGAAUCUGUCUGCAAGUCUGUAGAAUGCCAAAAAGUUCUUGCCAAAUACAUCGAAAGCUUGCCUUUGUCUGACUCUAACAUUAAAUGUUCUGACUGUCGCCUUCUACUAAUCAAAGCAAUUUCUCAAGCAUCUGUCCAGAGUCUAGAGCAAUGUUAUUUGAUUCUUAGGAGGCGCAGACAGUAUGAAGUAAUGAAAUCAGUCAAGGCAAAUAUUAGAGCUUCCACGGAUUCUCUAGACAAGAUGAAACCACAGCCAAUGAAAAAAGAAGGGAAGAGAGUAGAAUUAGCUAAAAAUAUGUGAAAGAACAAGAAGUAAAAGAAAUGGAGAAAUGUGUUUCUUUUACAUGAGAGCAGUUUCUCCCGCCA